AUGCCGUCGUGUGCCGUAAAACCUUGUGCAAUAAAAGCUUAUCGGGCUAAACGAAUGGCUGUACCGUCGAUCUAUACACCACCUUCUUCAAACCGCUGUACGCUUCGAAUGGAAAAGAAAACCAGAUCGGAAUUAGUAGCGGAACUACUGAAACACCAUGACACAGAUGAACUUCAUGACACAUCAGCCGAAGAAUCUCACCGUCCUGUUCCAGACGAUUGA